CGGGGCGGGCCGUCUCAGCCCGGAGGCCUUCUCCUUCCUUCCAGCCACACCUCAGCCCCGCCUUCCGCCCCGCCGGGCCCCGAGCGGCAGCAGAGGCAUGGCGGCGGCCGGCUUGUCCUACGAGGCCUUCGUGGCGCUUCACAGGGCGGCGCUGGGCGCCUCUGCGGUCCCUGCGCGCUACUGGCCCAGCCUGUGGCACAAGCUGGAGAACGAGGUCUUUGAUGCUGGUGAGUAUUUUGGAAUAAUGCAAGUGGAGGAGGUGGAAGAAGAGGAAGGAGGCAAUGAAGACACGAAAGAAAAAAUUAAAAAGAGAAUAAUCCCUGGGAGUGAACUUUGCUACAAAGUGAUUGUGACGAAUGAAAAUGGACUUGAGGCAGCAAACCCUAGUAGCAUUUUUCUUAUUGACCAUGCAUGGACAUACCGAACUGAACAUGCCGGUGAGCAGCUGCGACAGGUUCCAGGUCUGCUUCACAGAAUGGCCAGUUUGAUGGGGAUAGACGUCCAUGGAGAAGUACCAGAUGAGAAUGUUGUUAAUCAGGUGUUGGAGGAUAUGUGGAAAUACAACCAGACCUAUCAACUAUCUCAUGGGACUGCAGAAGAAAAGGUUCCUGUCUGGUACAUUAUGGAUGAAUUUGGAUCCAGGAUCCAGCAUUCAGAUGAUCCCACUUUUGCAAUAGCCCCUUUAUUUUACAUGCCACAGCAGAUUGCUUAUACGGUUCUCUGGCCCUUAAAAGAUCUUGAUACUGGUGAGGAAGUGACCCGUGACUUUGCCUAUGGGGAAACUGACUGUUUGAUCAGGAAAUGCCGGCUUUUACCAUGGCUACCAGGAGAGGUUCGAGAUAUCAACCAUUUCACCAGAGAGCCAUCAGAUGAGCAUUACCAGGCAAUUCUAAAUGAAAACAAAGAAAGACUACCAGUUUCAAUGAAGCCUCCUGUGUAUGCCAAGAAUAAAGUCUUCAAAGUUUAUACAGACCUUCAGCAGGUGCUUCAGAACCUGACUCAUUCACGUUUUGAAUUUACUGAUUCUGAGCAAGAAGCAGAUAUCCUCUACACCUUUUCUCACUUCAAAGAUUACAGGAAAAUAAGUGAAGAAAGACCUCACGUGAUGCUGAAUCAGUUUCCAUGUGAGAAUCUCUUGACUGUAAAGGAUUGUCUGGCCUACAUCUCAAGGCGGGUUGGAGGCUCAGAAGGGCCAAAAUGGCUACCCCGUACUUUCAACCUUCUUACAGAAUUGCCGCAGUUCAUCAGUUACUUUCAUCAACGUGAGAGGAGAGGAGAAGACAACCAUUGGAUAUGCAAGCCGUGGAACUUGGCCAGGAGCCUGGACACUUAUGUCACCAACAACCUGCACAGUAUCAUCAGGCAGAGAGAGAGUGGCCCCAAGGUGGUGUCUAAGUAUAUUGAGAAUCCAGUAUUGUUUCAUCUGGAAGAUAUUGGACUGGUUAAAUUUGACAUUCGUUACAUUGUGCUUCUGCGAUCAGUUGAACCGCUUAGGGUGUAUGUUUACGAUGUGUUUUGGCUACGGUUCUCAAAUAGGCCUUUUUCACUCAGUGAUUUGGAUGACUACGAGAAGCAUUUUACCAUCAUGAACUAUGCUCCAGGGUUACCAUUAAAACAAAUUCACUGCAAUGAAUUUGUUCCUCUCUUUGAGAAACAGUAUCCUGAAUGUUCUUGGCAAUCCAUUGAAGAGGAGAUCUUUAAGGCAUUUCGCGAAUUAUUCCAAGCGGCUUGUGCAAAACCUGCCCCUCUUGGCAUUUGUGAUUAUCCAUCCUCACGAGCGGCCUAUGCCAUUGAUCUGAUGCUAAAGUGGGAUACCAGCAGCAAUGGAGAACCAUUCAUGCAGCCCCAGAUUCUGGAAGUGAAUUUCAACCCCGACUGUGACAGAGCUUGUAAAUACCACCCAUCCUUUUUCAAUGAUGUCUUCAGCACCCUUUUCCUGGAUGACCCCAACAGUUGCCAUGUGACUUCCAUUCUCUAGCUGCACAUGGCUUGAACCAGCCUCUGGUAUCAGAUGAACAUGCACAGAACAUACUUGGAAGCAGUUGUGUACUUUUUUUAUUUCCUGUUAGGUCACAGACAGAUAUUAUCAUUGCCUUUCAGCCUUUACAUUUGUAAUUUUGUUGUAUACCGACGAUCAUAGAUGUUCAAGAGUAAGUCAGUCGCUGCUGCAUUUCUUGGUAAUUAGUAUGUUUUGCUUGCUUACAAGAACUAUCUGCAUUUUGCCUGCUCUGUGAUCUUCUGCCUCAGGUAACCGACGGCGUUGGUUCCUCUUCCUAAUAGGAUUGGCUUCCUGUCUUUUAAUUAUUCUUUUUUUAAAACUAAUGAAUAUGAGGCAAUUUAUUUUCAGGGAGCAGCUGGCUAAUGUGACCAGUUUUCAGCCUAAUUCUAAUAAAGAGCAUCUCAACAAAACAAA